AAGCCAACAUGGCCUGGUGUCGGGUGUAUCUGCGUUUCUGCGUCUCGGUUCCAAUUUCUUUCAUUUACGCUCAUUUAGGAGGAACCUCAACUUUGCCCGUGUAGAGAAGAUCUAAAGUUUAUCAUGGAAUUCUCGAGAUAACUAUACUGCCAAACAGGAAGUGGAUUGACUUCCUAAAUGCGCCAUUAAGUUUGACUCAGCAGGUUUGGCCACUUGUAUGCUGAGAGAGGCUGUGGAGCACGCAGCAUGGAGAACAACGUGACACAGAUCUCCCGAGAGGACCUGGAGGACCUCAGGCAAGCCUUCAAAAAAAUUGACAUUGACAACAGUGGUUAUGUCAGCGAUUUCGAGCUGCAGGAGCUUUUUCGGGAAGCCAGCCUCUCUUUGCCAGGGUACAAGGUGCGAGAGAUUGCAGAGAGGUUCAUCGCUGGUGACACCAACAAAGAUGAGAAGAUAAGCUUUGAAGAGUUUGUCGCGAUAUACCAAGAUAUAAGAAGUAAGGAGGUUAGAGAAACCUUUCGCAAGACCAUCUCCAGGAAGGAUGGGAUCUGCUCGUUUGGAGGAACAUCUGGAAUCUCUAGUGAAGGAACUCAGCACUCAUAUUCUGAUGAAGAGAAAGUGGCUUUUGUCAACUGGAUCAAUAAGGCCUUGGCAAACGACCCCGACUGCCAACAUAUCAUCCCCAUGGACCCGAAAACCGACAGUCUGUUCAAAUCAGUGAAGGAUGGAAUACUCCUCUGCAAAAUGGUCAACCACUCCCAGCCAGACACGAUUGAUGAAAGGGUCAUCAACACAAAAAAACGCACAAUGUUCAACAUGACUGAGAAUUUGAUACUGGCUCUUAACUCCGCCUCAGCCAUCGGUUGCAUGGUGGUCAACAUUGAUGCUCAGGACAUGAUUGCUGGAACUCCUCACCUGGUGCUCGGACUCCUCUGGCAGAUCAUCAAGAUUGGCCUGUUCGCUAACAUCGAGAUCUCAAGCAAUGAAGCUCUGAUCGCACUGCUGGGCGAGGGUGAGGACUUGGACCAGCUGUUGUCCAUGUCCCCUGAGGAGCUGCUGCUGCGCUGGGUGAACUAUCACCUCAAAGCUGCUGGAUGGAAGCCAAUCAAAAACUUCACUGAGGACAUCAAGGACUCCAAGGCCUACUUCCACCUGCUGAACCAGAUCGCUCCUAGAGGAGAUGAAGACGACGAGAUACGGAUCACCAUCGACAUGUCUGGCAUACACGAGGAUGACGACCUGAAGAGGGCGGAGCUUAUGCUGAAACAGGCGGCUCGACUCGACUGCCGGCAGUUUGUCUCGCCUCAGGACGUGGUGGCGGGGAAUCAGAAGCUCAACAUUGCCUACGUCGCCAACCUGUUCAACAUGUACCCUGCCCUGAAAAAACCCACCGACAACAGCUUCGACCUCACCAUGAUCGAGGGAGAAUCCAGAGAGGACAGAACCUUCAGAAAUUGGAUGAACUCACUGGGGAUAAGUCCGAGAGUCAAUCACUUAUACAGCGACCUGAUGGAUGGCCUGGUUAUUCUCCAGCUGUAUGAGAAAAUCCAGGUCCCCGUGGACUGGAAGAAAGUGAACCGUCCUCCGUAUCCUGUCCUUGGCGCCAAAAUGAAAAAACUGGAGAACUGUAACUACGCCGUUGAGUUGGGUAAAAGGGAGGCAAAGUUCUCUCUGGUGGGCAUCGGAGGUGACAAUAUCAACGAGGGCAAUCCCAAGCACACGCUGGCGCUGGUGUGGCAGCUAAUGAGAAGGUACACCCUCAACGUGCUAUCUGACAUUGGUGAUGGAGAAAAAAUCAGUGACCAAAUCAUAGUUUACUGGGUGAACAGCACGCUGCAAAAUGGAGAAAAGCAAUCUACUAUCAGCAACUUUAAGGACAAAUCAAUCAGCACCAGCCUCCCAGUCAUCGAUCUGAUUGAUACGAUCGCACCAGGAGCCAUCAAAGAUGAGAUGGUCAAGAGGGAAGAUCUGAGUCCUGAGGACUUGGUCAACAAUGCAAAGUACGCCAUCUCAAUGGCGCGGAAGAUCGGCGCCAAGGUGUACGCGCUGCCCGAUGACCUGGUGGAGGUCAACCCCAAGAUGGUGAUGACUGUGUUCGCCUGUUUGAUGGGGAGAAGUCUGAACAAAGUGAAGUGAAAGUGAAGUGAAGGCCUGAUUGGUUCUGAUUCUAAUUUAUUAUCCUGGGGAUGGGAUGGUGUAUCUGUUUGACUGUAUUCCUGUGUUAAUAAUAAUGUUGUCACAUAUAAAGUGAAGAGCAUACCCUGAAAUAUAAGAUUUUUUUUUUUUUAAACAGGUGGAGUUGUGAGCUUUGCAUCUAUGAAUUUUUCAUACCUUUCAUCACUUGUGGUCUUUCGGUUCCUGCACAUUCCGAGCCUCAUCAGCAAAACAGAAAAUGAUCAUUGAUCAUGACUACAUUUAAAUUAUGCUAACUCGCCUUUUCGCUUAAUAUGAUCUCCAUUUUCUAUUCAUUUGUCUCAUUUGUAGUUGACAAGUUGAUUUCUAGAACAAGGAGAUGUUGAAUAAUCAGUUUAUUUUGCUAGCAAUGUAUUAUGCUUUAUUGUCUCAAACUGUUGUCUUGAUAUUUUCAUAAUGUUCAUAAAUGUUGUUUGCUUCCAACGACUCAUUAAAUAAGAAAAAUAAAAAUAAAAAAAGUUUAAAAAAGUCAAUUUGUGACUAGUUGUUCAUUUCAAAACUUCAGAUAUCGGAAAUAAAUAUCUGAAUUCCAACAACUCUAUAUGCAAAGAUAUUAAUGACACAUUUCCUUGUGGUUAAGUGUAACUUUUGAAGCAUUAUUAAAGCUUAAUCAUUUUCCUAUACCAGGGGUCCAGCUGCAUAAAUGUCCAGAAGAAGCCAGUAAAUAUUAAUAUAUUUAUUAAUGUAUUUAUUACACCCAAAUUUACAUUCAGGUUCUUCCACUCCAACCUUGGCAAACCGUGUCUUCAUGGAGCUCACUUGGUGCACAGGAGCAUUGUCAUGCUGGAACAGGUUUGGGCCUCUUAGUUCCAGUGAAGGGAAAUUGUAAUGCUGCAGCAUACAAAGACAUUUUAUAC